AUGUCGAAUGGAGUGGAUGAAUCCUCGAGUCUGUUGGGCGCCAACGGACAUGGAAAUGACAGGCGCAAGAGUAGCGUUCAUGAGUUUUUUCUCAGCAGGAAGCAUACACCGGGAACGGACAGCGACAAAGCCAUUGUGAGCUAUUCGGCUUUGACAUGGCACGUAGGAAAGAUUACGUUGUAUAGUAGCUAUGUCAACGUCCUUUUGAUCUUUGUACCAUUGGGUAUCGUCGCGGGUCUCACACGCUGGGAUCCGGUCGUCAUCUUCAUACUCAACUUUUUCGCUAUUAUCCCAUUGGCCUCCAUCCUUUCGUUUGCAACGGAAGAAAUAUCCAUGAAGCUGGGAGAAACACUAGGCGGUCUGUUGAAUGCAACGUUCGGCAAUGCUGUGGAACUUAUUGUCAGUGUCAUAGCAUUGAAGCAAGGACAAAUCCGGAUUGUUCAGUCGAGUAUGCUGGGUAGCAUCUUAUCGAACUCUCUACUUGUGUUGGGAUGUUGCUUUGUAGCUGGCGGAAUCCACAAUACUCGAACCGGUACAUCUAUGGGCAUCGAGCAGAAGUUUAACGACACUGUCGCAGGAACCAUGUCAUCUCUUAUGGUUCUUGCUGCAUCUGCUUUGAUUAUACCUGCAGCUCUCUAUUCUGUUCUUAGUAAAUCAGAUACCGACACCGAAUCCAAUAUUUUGAUUCUCUCGCACGGAACAGCCAUUAUUCUUUUGAUUCUCUACUGUCUUUACUUGUUCUUCCAGCUUCGAACACAUGCCAAUCUUUUCGAUGCCGAGAGCCAAGCAGAAGGAGAGGAAGCGGAAACGCCGCAAAUUAGUCCAUGGGCUGCUGCCGCUGUUCUCGUUAUUGUCACGGUCGCCGUAUCGGUUUGUGCCGACUACUUGGUUGAUUCGAUCGACUCGAUUGUUGAGACUGCUCAUAUCUCCAAAACAUUCGUUGGUCUUAUUCUUCUCCCUAUCGUUGGCAAUGCAGCGGAGCAUGUGACAGCUAUUGUGGUUGCCGUCAAGGACAAGAUGGAUCUUGCCAUGGGUGUGGCCAUUGGGUCGAGUAUGCAAAUUGCACUUUUCGUCACGCCAUUCCUGGUGAUCUUGGGAUGGAUUAUGGAUAAACCCAUGACGUUACAUUUUGAGACAUUCGAGACGGUAGUUUUCUUCUUGAGUGUUUUGGUCGUCACUUAUGUGGUUCAAGACGGCAAGAGUAACUAUCUGGAGGGCUGUAUGCUUCUUGGUCUCUAUAUCAUCAUUGCCCUCGCAUUCUUGGUCUACCCAGACGCUCCUUCCGGAGCAGGAGAGAUUCCAGGAAUGGUUGUCAAUUCAGUCAAGUCUUUGGCAGGAUAUUGA